CAUAAACAAGCGAAACAAGCCGCUCUUUUUUAUUUUGCGACGGGUCAAGGUUGGCCGCUCCUUCUGGCCCUUCACGGCAAACGGAAAUAGGUUCCGGCCGUGUUGUUGACCAGUGGGUUGGCGAGCUCGCUGACGCCCCUCGUGAUGGGACAGUAAUUUUUAUACACCUUUUUUUCUGUUUCUUUUUGUCUUCCCCUUCUCGUCCUGAUUCAUGGGAAUGCCACAGCAUGGGCCUACAAUUGAGACCCCGGUAUCAUUAAGAGAUACUUCCUCUGUACAUCAAGCUUUCCUACAUAUAUAGACCCUUUUGACUCCUCAGACGAGACUGUCGCCGACUCGGACGACGUCAUGACCAUGGCUUCCUCGUCAUCAUCACCUUCAAGUCCCGGCAAUAAGCUGGUCGACCAGAUCAGGGAGGAUCCUUCCCGCCACGCCUCUCCUCAGCCCACAUCGGUCAGUCAUGGCGUGCCCGCCAAGGUCAAUGGCAAUGGGUACAGGGUGCUGCGGUCUGCGACAGUAGGAUACAUUGCUCCGGCGUUUGUCGGAAAGGCAGAUCAGAUGAAGGAGGUCAAAUCCCUGAUUCUGAAGAAUGGUUGGAUCCCAGAGGACCGCGUGGAGGCGCAGAUUGCCUGGUUCUACAACGAGCUGGGUAUCGAUGAUGUAUACUUUCAGCUGGAGACAACGUCUGUCAUCGCGGACCACAUCACCUCUCUAUACGCUGCCAAGGUGGCUGCCUCGUCGCGUAACGACGGGCGGGAAGAGAUCAGGCUCGACAUGGAGGCCCGGGACCAUGCCAUCUACAUCGACACCAGCGAGCCUGGAAAGAGUGCCAUUGGAGGUCCUCGUUUCGAGACCAGGCUGGAGAACAAGUACCUGGACGGCAACCUGAGCGACCGCUUCCGCGUGGAGACGUUCCGUUCCUCGGGCGUCCUGGGCGACACGGCCGAGUCCAAGGUAUCACUGCGGUGCUACUUUGUAUACCAGUGCCAAUUUGUCGAGCCAAAGGCCGAUCCCAACGAGACGCGCCUCGAGGUCAUCAGUGAUCGGAUGUUCCUUGCCAAGGCUACCGACAACACGAAGCAGAUGUAUAAGGAAAUCAUCGAGGUGGCUGUCAGCAGGACCGGCCCUGUGAUUGAGGUCUUUGACCACGCCGGGUCUCAUGAGAAGCGCCUUGUCGUGGCCUUCCGCUCGCGUACGGCCAGGGGGAUGUUUAGUGCCCUCUCCGAUCUUUACCACUACUAUGGCGUGACUAGCUCCAGGAAAUAUGUCGAGCAGUUCUCUAACGGCAUCACCGUCAUGAGUAUCUACCUUCGGCCUGCGACCAACCUUGGCAGCGGCUAUCCCCCCUUCGACCAGUCCAUCCACCAGAUCAUGAAGGAAGUCUCGCUCCUGUACUGCAUUCCCCAGACCAAGCUGCACUCGCUCUUUGCCUCUGGGGAGCUUAGCCUGCAGGAGACCAUCUAUGGACACUGUGUGUGGGUUUUCACGCAGCACUUCUUGAACCGCCUCGGGUCAGAAUACGUCUCUCUGUCUGAGGUCCUGGACCCCAGGAAGAGCACGCACCAGGAGAUACUGUCCAAGCUGAAGCGCAGGCUGAGGACGGAGACCUUCACCCCUGACUACAUCCUCGAGAUCAUCGCCUCCUACCCUCAGCUUAUCAAGACGCUGUACGCCUCGUUCGCCAGCGUGCAUCUCAGCGUCGGCCCCGAGUUCGACCAGCAUAAUGUGGCUCCUACGCCAGCGACCGAGGUGAUGUCUGAUGAGAGAUUGAAGGAAUACAUCACGAGGCAGGUCUCGACAGAGCAUGAAGAGAUGGUCAUGAACGCCUUCCGAACAUUCAACAGCGCCAUCCUGAAGACCAACUACUUCACCCCGACCAAGGUGGCACUCAGCUUCCGCCUGGAACCAUCCUUCCUCCCCGACGUCGAGUACCCGAAGCCGUUGUUUGGUAUGUUCCUCGUCAUCUCGGCAGAGUCGCGUGGCUUCCACCUUCGCUUCAAGGAUGUGGCCCGUGGUGGUAUCCGCAUCGUCAAGUCCCGUAGCAAGGAGGCCUAUGCGAUCAAUGCUCGGAACAUGUUUGACGAGAACUAUGGUCUGGCCAGUACACAGCAGCGCAAGAACAAGGACAUUCCCGAGGGCGGUUCCAAGGGCGUGAUCCUGCUGGACCCCAAGCAGCAGAACAAGGCACAGGAGGCUUUCGAGAAGUACAUUGACAGCAUCCUGGAUCUGCUCCUCCCCGCUGAGACGCCGGGUAUCAAGAAUCCUAUUGUGGAUCUGUACGGCAAGCAGGAGAUCAUCUUCAUGGGUCCUGACGAGAACACUGCCGACCUGGUCGACUGGGCUACUGAGCAUGCCCGGGCUCGUGGCGCACCAUGGUGGAAGUCCUUCUUCACCGGCAAGUCUCCUAGGCUUGGUGGUAUUCCUCACGACUCGUACGGCAUGACCACACUUAGCGUCCGCGAGUACGUCAAGGGCAUCUACCGAAAGCUGAACCUGGACCCUGCCACGGUGAGGAAGAUGCAGACCGGCGGUCCUGAUGGCGACCUGGGGAGCAACGAGAUCCUCCUCAGCAACGAGAAGUACACCUCCAUCGUGGACGGAUCAGGUGUGCUUGUAGACCCGAACGGGCUCGACAAGGAGGAGCUCCUCCGCCUGGCCAAGGAGCGUGUCAUGAUCUCCGAGUUCAACAUGUCCAAGCUGUCCAAGGACGGAUACCGGAUCCUGUGUGACGACUCCAACAUCACCCUGCCCAACGGCGAGUUUGUGGGCAACGGCACAGCGUUCCGCAACACGUACCAUCUGCGCGACACGGGCCUGACGGAUAUGUUUGUCCCCUGCGGUGGGCGACCCGAGUCGAUCGACCUGGUCAGCGUCGCCAAGAUCAUCAAGGAGGGCAGAUCGACAAUCCCGUACAUUGUCGAGGGCGCGAACCUCUUCAUCACGCAGGACGCCAAGCUGCGCCUCGAGGAGGCUGGCUGUAUCGUAUUCAAGGACGCCAGCGCCAACAAGGGCGGCGUGACGUCGUCGUCGCUCGAGGUGCUCGCGUCGCUCAGCUUUGACGACGCAGGCUUCGUGCAGCACAUGUGCUACGACGCCAAGGGCAACGCGCCCGCCUUCUACCAGGCGUACGUCAAGGAGGUGCAGGCCAAGAUCCGCGAGAACGCGCGCCUCGAGUUCGAGGCCAUCUGGCGGGAGCACGAGGAGACGGGCGUGUCGCGCUCGGUGCUAUCCGACAAGCUGUCGGUGGCCAUCACGACACUCGACGAGGAGCUACAGCAGAGCGACCUGUGGCGGAACCAGAGCAUCCGCAAGUCUGUGCUGCGUGACGCGCUGCCGCAGCUGCUGCUCGACAAGAUCGGGCUGGAUACCAUCAUUGAGAGGGUUCCGGAUGCGUACCUGUGUGCCAUCUUUGGCUCGUACCUGGCUAGUCGGUUUGUCUAUGAGUUUGGCAGCCAGCCGAGCCAGUUUGCUUUCUAUGAUUUCAUGUCGAAGAGGAUGCACAAGAUCGCAUUAGAAUAGAAGAGAGGAAAGGAAAGGAAAAGAGGGAGAAAAAAACCAAGCGCAGCAAUCAAGGGCGCAAACUGAACGGUGCAUGCUGGGCAAACCGGGGGAAAAGAGGAAACGAAACCAAAUAUAGAAUGGAAGGCCCUCCGGCCAUGUGGUGGACGGGACAAUAGGGGAAGGAGCUCUACAGACGCAAUCGCCAGGCGACGCAGCCAAGAAAUGGGGUGGUCUGGAAGGUGCUGUGCGGGGUCAGGACAGAGACAGAAAAACAAGGAAGGUUCUCUGGGUAUUCACUUUUCUUGCCUUUGCUCCUUCCUUGAAUUAUCACGAUGGAGUAGAGAGUGGUUUGGGUGGGUGGUGUUUAUUAGACUGGGCGCAUGUGUGUUGUGUGAGUGUGCUGCGCUGUAAUAUACGCUGCUUGCGCUGUGUUACUGCCUCUGGGAAAAUUGAUUCCAUUGGAGUGCCAAAUCUUGACUGUUGACAAAGAUGCAGGUGAGAUACUCAUUUGGAAAUUGUAUGGAGAUAUGUAAAGUACACAACAAGUCUUUUUGGCUCUUCU